AUGUCUUCAGAUGAAUUGGGUAGCGAAAAUGAAAAUUAUGAUUCAAUACAAAAAGACUCUUUAUGGAGAGAUGAACAUAAGAUGGAAGAAUCAGCAUAACUUAUACAUUUCUUAGUUUUAGGUCUCAUUUGUGGACUUAUCUUGAGGGAAUUAAAUAAAAAGACAAAGUAUUACAAUUUAACAUAAUUUAGCAUCCCUUAUUCACCUAUGAUACUCGCUCUUGGUUUGGCUAUUGGUCUUUCAUAGGAAUAUCUAGGAAAAAUAGGGAAUAGUGCCUACAUCUUAUCUAAAAUGCAUCCUCAUUUGAUUGUGUUCAUAUUUAUUCCAGUUCUCUUGUUUGAAUCAGCAUUUAACUGUGACUGGUACACUUUCAAGUAUUAAAUUAUUAAUAUCUUGCUUUUGGCAGGCCCUGGAUGUGGAUGGGUAAUUUUAUAUAAUUUAUAUAAAAGGGUGCUAUAUUGUUGGGAGCUUGUUUUAAGAUCAUUCUUUAAUAUAGCGAUGAUGAUAUGAACUGGUAUGAAGCAUUUACUUUGGGAUCAGUUUUAUCAGCUACUGAUCCUGUAGCAGUAGUUGCACUAUUAAAAGAAUUAGGUGCAAAUCCAGCUUUUAAUCAUUUGAUUGAAGGGUAUGAAUUAGAUGUUAUAUUUUAGAGAGGCAUUGCUUAAUGAUGGAGUUGCAAUGGUUUUAUUUAAUGUUUUUAACAAUAUAUCAAAAGCUUCAAGUGGCAAAGGAGCAGCAGUAAGUGGAGGUGAUAUAGUGUUAAGUUUCUUGAGAACAUCACUUCUUGGACCAGUAAUGGGUCUAAUUUUAGGAGUGCUAGUUGCUUUAUGGACUAAAAGAAUAUUAGGUGAUGAUAUUGAAGUAACUUGGUUGACAUUUGUAUUUACAUAUUUUACAUUUUAUUGGGCAGAAUUUGAAUUUUUUGAGACAAGUGGACUUUUAGCAGUAGUAGGUUUAGGUUUAUUUUGGUGUGCUUAUGGAAGAACUAGAAUAAGGGCUUCAGUUGAACAUUCAGUUCAUGCAGUUUGGGGAUUUGUCUAAUAUAGUUGUGACACACUUGUAUUCUUAUUGGUAGGAAUAAUAGUGGGUAUAGAAAUAAUGGAAGAGAAACUAAUAGAGAGUUCAGAUUAUUAUAAAAUGAUUGGAUUCUAUUUCUUAAUGAUAUUGGCUAGAUUUUUAAUGGUUUUAACAUUCUAUCCAUUCCUCAAAUGUAAUAUUAAUUAUAUUAUUAUUUUUAAGGUUUUGGAUAUCCAAUAUCAAAAUCUGAAUUGAUUGUCUUAGUGUAUGGAGGAUUAAGAGGAGGGUUGGGAUUAACACUUUCAUUAAUGGUUGGUUGUGAUGAAGAUUUACCUGCUCGUUUUAGACAUUUAGCUGUGUUUUAUGCUGCAGCCAUGGCCUUAAUAACAAAUAUGAUAAAUGGAACUACAUGCAAAACUUUAGUGAAAUGUGUUAAAAUGAUAGAUGAACCAAUUGUUAAAAAGAAAGUUUAUAAGAAAUAUUUAGAAGAAUUGAUUGUAAUCCAGUAGGAUUAAAUUAAAGAAUUGGAGACUGAUGAAUUUUAUAAUAUGACUGAUUGGAUGACUGUUAGUAAUUUGAUUGGACAAUAAGAUUUUAUUGAAAAAAUUGAUAAAGUUGAAUAAGAUAUAAAGCAUAUAAUUUAAAAGAAGGGAUUUUAAGAAAUGAUAUAUGAAGGAUUACCAAAUUAGGAUAUUUUUGGAGAAGUCAGAUAUAGAGUCUAUAGAAUUCUUAAAGGAUUAUAUUAUCAUAAAUAUGAAGAAGGUCUUGUAGAAGAAUAAACUGUAAGAAUGUUAGUAGAAUCAAGUGAUGUUGGAUUAGAUAAAUUAAAUGAUAAUCUUGAAAUUUGGGAUGAAUUAUAUAAGAAUUUUAUGAAUCUCUGUAGUGUUAAUUUCUUUUUCAAAGUGAAAUAGAAGUUUCUAAUAGGAUAUUUUGCCAGGGAAUACUUAAUUAAACAUCUCGGAUUGGUUUAUGAUGUGACUUCUUCAUUUAUUAUAUGUGCAGAAGAAGCAUUGCAUUUAGCAGACAACUUUCCUCUUAAUAAAGAAGCCAUCUCUAUUAUUUAAGAAGAAUUAAAAAAAGAUAUUGAAAAAGCACAGAAUUACUUUGGUACUCUUAAUGGAAGUUUCCCUGAAAUUGUUAGAGUUCUUCAAACAAAAAAGGCAUCCUUCUCUAUUUUAACUCAUUCCAUUGAACAUCUUCAAUCUACUUAACGUAGAGGACUUAUUGAUGAUAAAGAAUAUAAGAUCCUAUUGAAAGAUAUUAACAAUAAACUUGUAAAAUUAGAAAGUCAUUCAUAUGAUAUGAGUCUUCCCUCUUUUCAUGUUAUUGCAAUGUAAUUUCCAAUCUUUUAGGAAAUCUCUUUAACUGAUUUGGAUAUCAUUAAAAAGGUUGCUAUAGAAAAGAAAUAUGCUUUAGGAUAAGUUAUUUAUGCUAAAGGUGAUGAAUGUAGUGAAGUCUAUAUUAUCAUGAGAGGUUAUGUUGUAAAUGAUUUUAAUGGAAUUCUUAUUACUAAGGGUUUGGGAUCUUUGAUAACCCACUAAAGUCUUAUUGUAGAUGGUGUACAUAUGAGUAUGGCUAAAGCAGCUGUUGAAUCUUAAUUAUAUGCCUUACCAACAAAAGUUGUAAAAGAAAUUAUGAUUAGAAAUAAAGAAUUUGAAUUCAAAGUUUAUUUACAUUCUCUUGGUAUUUUAUUAUUUCUAUUUACUUAUUAGAAUAUAUUAGAAAAUGGUAUGAAAGUUAGGUUGGUCCUAUUGCUUAGAUGGAUUUAAAGAGAUUGAAUGAGUUCUUAAGAAAUAAAUGCAGACUUGUCAAACUUUCAACUCUAUCUUAAACUGAAUUUAUUCAUGGAGGUUUCUUGUUUUCUGGGCAAUUAUAAGAUUCUAAAAGUAAUGCCUUUAAUAAAUAUGAGUAAGUCAUUAUUUUUAAAAUAUAUAAGUUAUAUUCCUCCUGCUGAAGGGCUUUUUACUGCUGUAACUAAUGUGACAUGUUUUGCCUUUGAUGAACCAAUUGAAGUGCUCUAGCAAAAACGAAUGAAGGAACUAAAAUUAGAUAGUCAAAGAGAUUAAGAAAUUCACGAAAAAUAUUCAGAGAUUAAGAGAAAUUCAAUUAUGGAGUUGAGCAAAAUAAAUAUUACAUGA